UUUAUUAUUUUAUAGAGGGAAGAGUGUUGACCGGUUGAACGUCUAUAUGGUGACUGGUGAAUACUGAAUUAAACUGCGAGGUCUGAGGACGGAGGAUUGGUGACUUGGUCAGGAUUGAGAUUAGAAGGUGGCGAGCAAACAACAGCAAUAGGUACUGCGAAGUGCGAAACUCUCCGACGUGACCUACCUGUACCGUCCAUCUUUCUGACUUAGAUUUAUGGCUCGACUACGGGUUUUGACCGAAAUUAAACUUGAAGUAUUUUCUUACUCUUACUUUCUCAGUAUUUUAAAAUUGUAAUUUUUUUGCGGCAAUAGCAACAUUGUAUUUAUUGAAGAAAUAAAAACAAAAAGUUGAAAAAAUUGAUUGUCUAAGUCAAACUGAUAAUUGAAUUUCAAACAAUAACAUUGUACUAUGUUCGAUUUACAUAAAACGUUGCCCCGGCAGUCGCCUUGUGCCUAAUUUCGGCUUGAAUCGAGUUGUGAUUGAAAAUUGAAAUAUUUUAAAAUGAGUAAUUGGGCAAGAAGGAUGCAUAGGCGAGCUGCUACGCUAAGUAAUGUAGUAACGUCUUGUGGCCAUCCCAAUUCAUUGCCCUAUCCAAGGAGAUUAGAAAAAGUAAAGUUUGGUGCCCCUCUCCAUGAGGUUUGCAAAGAAGACAUUCCUGGCCCUUUACUUGUCCUAAUUCUAAAACUAAAUAAGGAAGCACCUCUUCGCCGAGAUGUAUUUCGUGCUCCUGGUCACCAGGGCGCUAUGAAGAAGCUCAUUCAUUUUUUACAAACUGGACGACUAGUCAAUGUUGAUAACUACUCAGUAUACACUAUAGCUAGUGUCCUGAAGAAGUUUCUUAGGAAAAUACCUGGUGGAGUGUUUGGACGGGAAGGUGAAAUGCAGCUAUUUGCAGCUGUUGAGUUGCCCCAAGAACAACAGGUUGAUGCUAUACGAAGAUUACUUAUGUCGCUACCAGUCUGCACGCAAAGACUUCUUGUUCUCCUGUUCGGCACAUUUCGCGUGAUGGCCUCAAAUGCUGAUAAAGCUGGUACGGGAAUGACGUCAGAGGCUCUCGGUGUAUCCGUGGCGCCAUCUUUCUUCCAUUCUUGCGUGUCAGAUGGCAAGACUGCGACAAUGGAGGAUGUGCAACGGUUCAAGGCUGAAGUGUGUGUGGCGACACGAAUAAUGCGACAACUGAUCGAACAAUUUAGCGCCGGCGAUCUUUUCGGACGAGAUAACUAUGAAUACUAUGCCCGGGUUACUGGGAGAGUUCUGCGCGUUAAAGAUGAAUGGAUUUGCUCGUUUCGCGACCCGCCCCCACCCAGACAUCACCGAGAUCAGGAGGCUUAUGCAAGGCAAUUAUCACUAGAGGCGGAAAAAACAUGGCUGCAAUGCGAAUGCGAUCGUUGGGGCAACAAAUACAACUUGGAAGGUUUAUCAAAGUCCGAAGAAUGCCAAUCGAUGCCUGCGUUAAUUGGCGUAGUGGGUACCGGUGGAGCGGGUACUCUUGGACUCGGAAUAAUUCCCGAACACAGUUUGUUGGACUCCUGCACUCGUCUAUCGAUAUCACUUGAGGAAAGCGUGUUUAAGGUGUCAGUCAGUUCAUCAUCUCAGUCAUCGUGUAGCAACUCUAGCCCGCACAUGACAUUAGAAGAACUUCGAGUUAUCAACAAGUACGCUGAGAGCACUAAAAGUCUCUCCUACUUACCUCAGGCGGCGAGCGUCGCGGUUCGCGGCGACGUUCGCGGCGCGCUCGCCUGUGCCGUGCGCUCACGCACUCCGACACUGAAAUCCCGCUCGCUCUCCAACCUCGUAAAGUGACCGCCUGACCCGACGCCUGUCCGCGAUGCCACUGCACGCGUUAGCACCUCACACGGCUUGAGGACCGUUUAAGUAUCAUGUAAGCAGCAUAAGGUCUUACGUCAGAAUUGGGACAGUCUAUUUAAUGUUCAUCUUGCUUUAUUAAAUCGCAAGUGUGGUCUAGUGUAGAAAUCUUUAAAUAUGUAAUACCCCUCGGCCCUGCUUACAUUAUACUUGAUUUGUUCCUUAGCACCAAAUCAUCGCCUAACACGGUGGUGACUAGAAUUGAAGCAAAAGACUCAUGUCACCAGAUCUGUGGCAAAUCACACUCUAAACACUGCAUCUUGUAUUUGUUCGAUGGAAUGUAUGUCUAGGUUAAUGAUUUUUUUAGAUACAGUCCUUUCAUGUAAGAAACGAAAACAUAUAGGAAGCACGUGUUUAUAUUAAAACUAAUCACAUAAUUUGUAUUACGACCGAAACUCUACGAAUCGUCAUCAUGGAGUUUUCUAUGAUAAACUUUUAGAAUCAAAUAUAUUUGAGCUAAAUUUUUAGUCUAAUUGUUAUUUAGUCCUUAUAGAAAAUUAUAAGUAACAUAGUCGCUCUAUUAUAUUACUCUUAGACGUCUAUAGUACUCUAAUGAUUAAUUAAUUGUCACUAUUGUAAUCAUGUCAAUGCAAUUAGCAAAUAAAAAGCUGCUAUAUUUAUCCUUAGCCAUAGAUUAAAGAAAAAAACUGGCUCGAAGGAUCUAACGUACAACUUCUAUUCAAUGCACAUUGUGAUGGUUCUAGGAAAAAUUAAAUAAUCAAUUAGUAAAUAAAUUAUUUUGAGUAUACUAACGAACGACUUUUCUAAGUGAUUUAUUACCAUAGAGAAGUAUUAUUUGAAGAUCUAUAAAAUUUGAUAUAGUUUUAAUUUUAAUACUACAUACUUUUUGGACUUGAAAAUUUAUAUGAACGGAAGAAAGCUUUACAGAUGUGCCAUUUUUGACUAAAAACUUUUAAGUUCCUUUACUUUAGGGAGUCUUAUCGAACAAAAAACGUGAUUUGACAUAUUAAAAGAACAUUCCUGUAUAUAUUGGUAGUUAUAAAAUUAUUGUUGUAUGUACUGAUCGUAUGAUAAAAACGUAAGCAACACCACGAAUGUUAAGAAUUAUAUGUAUUAUGAAUUUAUAAAUGUUUAGUUUAUUUCUAAUAUUAGUAUCGACAGGAGUAGUGUCACUUACGUUGUCGUAUGUUAUAAAAUAGUUUUAAUAUAUCAGCAUUUCUCUCUACCUCGUAUUAUAAUUUCCUUAUAAAUCGUGGCUAUACAUCACAUAGUAUUAAAUUAUUUAUGAAGCCACGUUAAGACUGAUUUCCUUUUCAUUUAUAUAAUAGCAAGACACAAUCAGGUAUUUAAUGUCUAUUAAGCAAUAGUACAAAUACCAUCAAACAGUAUCGAAUUUAAAUUACGUCUUUAGAAGUUUUCUAAGAAAGUAUUACGUUCUGUGCGUCAAGUGGGUAGUUGCAAAAAAUCUUACUUAUAAAUUUUUGAAAACCUGCACAGUGAAAAUGUUAAACGAGUUUGCUGACUUCUCCAGCGUUUUGUAUAGGUGCUAGAUGAUUGUGAAGUUUCUUAUGAUUAUGUACUACUUAUUUAAAUUGUUAGGUGUAAAAUGUAUCGUAGAAGAACACUUGCCUGUUCCUAUAUUUAUUUGACCAGUUUACAGACUGUAAUUUGAUAGUCCUUUUUCUCCAAUACGGCUGUUUUGUUACAUUAAACAGCCGAGGGAGGAAAAAGCACAUCUAGGAAGUCGCUAAAAGAAGUUAAUCUAUUCCAGAACAGCUUUGUUCGUAGAUUGGAAGAUGAACGUAGGAACGGGCCCAUUAUGCGAUGUCGAUUCUAGUGAAUAUUAACUGUGUUAAAUUCAAAAGAAUUGUAAAUAUAAUCUAUCGCACAUUACCAUAAUAGUAUCUCAUUAUUGUAAUUUUAAGACUGCUUUUGAGCUAAUUGAUUUUAGUUCGGCUAGCGCAUAACUUUUAUUAUAUGAAAAUCUUGAGGUUAUUGAAAUAAAGUUACGUUGCGAGUACAUUUUGUUAAGUUAAUGGCAGCUCAAGUGUGGUUGUGGGAUACAUCUAUGAUUGCCAAAGCCACGCUAUGGCAGUCCCUAGUGAAGUUUGAUUAAAAACUACGUUCAAGGAAAAUUGUGUUCAUUGUUUCCAAGCAUUAUGGUUUGUAAGAAGUAUUUUUUUCGUUGUCAAGCGUGGUUUCGGUGUACCGAUCAUUCUUUGCGCAUUUUCUAUAGUAUUAUAUACUAGUUAUUAGUGUUUAUUAGAGGCUCUCGCCAUUUCGAUGUUAUAUAUUAUAGAUUAUCUUGGAUUAAGUCCAAGUUUGUGUUCAUCGGCUAGAUAUAUUCUUAUGGUACAUGGAAAUGCAAUUUUGCUUUUUCCAAAUUACAAUUUGUAAUUACGAAAUUUAUUUUUUAACGUUAUAUUUUUUGUCGGUUUUUCAAAUGCGUCCUAUUUGGUAAUUUAGCUUUUAAAUUAUAUAGAACUUUUAAUUGCGAGGCUAUGGUUUUUCGUCAGUAAUAAAAUUAUACCCGCAUACUUUUCAAUAUCGAACACUGUAUGUAUAUUGAAUGAAGCUAUGUUGGGAACUUGGUUAAUAUUGUAAAUGGUAAGAGAAAAACUUUUUUUUAAAUUACCUUUUAUGAAUAAAUUUUCAUUACUUUUCCUUAUACAGUUAUGAAAUUGAAUCUAACGUUGAAUGGGGUAUAUGCUACUCUCAUACUACAAGCAUAGGGGCAAAUGUUAGUAUUAAUUUUCUAAAUAUUUGUUUGACCCACUUAAAUUAAUUAUGUAAUUGUAUACGCAAUAGUCAAUGUAGUGGCGAUAAAUCAUAGCAUCACACAUUUAUUGGUUUUGAUAAGAUGAAUUGAUUUUAUAAGACUGUUUAGUAUUUUUAUUAUCUGAUUGAAUAUGUCGCGUUAUCAUUCCACCGACUUUACCAGUUUUUUUUAGAUAUAAGUUUGACAUUGAAGAGAAUGCAUUGUUGGAGAGUUCACGUUUUGUUUAAAUUGUUUUGAACUACACUGUACUAAAUUUGUUAUCUUUAGUAUUAGAUUUUGUAAAUUCAGUUAUUAUAUUGUAUUUGCACUUCCAUAUAAAAAAAUAAUUACACGAAAUUAAUAAA